UCAAAGAUCUGUAUCUGAACUACCAAAGAUGUCGGGUCCAAGCCGAGCCGAGAGGGCUGUUUUGGAGGAGGAGUUUAACUGGUUGCUGAAAGAGGAGGUCCAUGCUGUUUUGAAGCAGCUCCAGGAUAUACUGAAGGAGGCAUCCAGGAGGUUCUCCAUUCCCACCCCAGGACUGGAGAACCAACUGAAACAGGAGAACUUCAUCCUGGGCAGCUCAACACAUCAACACCUUUCUAAUCUGCCGGGAUUUGAGUCUAUGACAAGCAUGGACCAGGUGAAAGGAGUACUGACUCUACAGGGAGAAGCCCUGACUCAAGCUGACAUCAAUCUGAAAACUGCUAAAAGCAACCAAGUGAUGCAUUUCACAUUCAGGGAUGAUAAGCACUGGAAAUUACAACAGAUCCAGGAUGCUAGGAACCAUGUGAAUCAGCUCUACAGCUUCAUGGUAGAGAUGACAGCUACACACUUUAAGACUGGGGCUAGCUGA